CCCGCAACUUCAUCCCUCUGCUGCUCUGAACCACAAGGCCAUCGACUCCGAUCCUCAAGCCUCCGUCCUCCAAGAAGACUCGACAAAGCCAACGAAGCUUUGCAAGCGAUAGCCUCAAAGCAUCCCUCUCAGCAUCAUGAAGAUCUCAGCCACUCUCGCCCUCGCCGCCAGCCUCAUGCUGGGCCAGGCCGCCGCCGCCCCCGCCGCCGCCACCACGUCCGUCGACGUCGCCCCCAUCCCGGCCGGCAGCCUUCUCCUCGUCGACGAGAGCGGCUCGGCGAUCAACGCGACGGCGUACGCCGACGACGCCGACGCGGAGCUCGCCGAGCGCGCGGUGCCGGGCGGCACGCACAUCUUCUCCAUCGGGUACGCCUUCUGCAGCUACACGACCCCGGGGCCCGGCGGCACCCCGCCCACGGGCGGCAACCGCGAGGACCUCUUCACCUGGGGCAGGAGCCCGACGGAGCUCGGGUGCGUGCAGCACUCCGACGCCAACGUGAUCCCGUGGGGCUGGCGCACCAAGCCCUUCACGCACAACAAGGUCUGCGGGCGCUCCGUCAACUUCUACCCCAAGAACGGCAAUCUCGACUUCUAUAUCAACGGCGGCAACGGCCAGCUGCUCGGCACGUGCUACCCGACCUCGGGCAAGAAGCACAACUGCGUCGACUUCCUCGCCGGCGGCACCUGCGUCGUGCAGACCCCUACCUGUGCCUGUCCUCGGGCAAGGACCCGGUCAUCUGCGGUUAGUGGGGUGUGAAGGAUUUGGACAGGUCGAUGGCGAAGUGAAUGGGUGGUGACUGGUAGUGUGUGGUUUGUAUCGUAAAAAAAGACGGGACAGGAUGUGCUACAUGUGGUUGGUUGGUCUGGGCUGUAACAGCAACUACCCACAUGAAAUUAGGUACCUAUGUAAUCCAGCCUCCUACUCCUCCCUCCC